CUGCUGACUGACUCAUGCCACCACGUGCUGGUCUUGCUUACUCAGUCAGAUACACCCACGGCUGUCACUUUGCACAUGGAGGACCUGGAAACCGCUUCUAAGAGGGUCUUCACUUUCUUUAGGGGAAAAGACAGAGUCACUAUCGACUCAAAUCUCAAGAUGACAUACAACUCAAAGAACGUGCGCAGUCCAAUCAUCAAUUUCGGUGGCCUGACCUUGACUUGGACGCUGGGCCGCGCAACAGUGUCGUCCUCUGAAGGCCUGAGCUUAGAGUGUCACCUAAGCCAGGACCUGUGUCGGCUUUCUGUCACAGGCGAGCACUUCGCUGCCACCGCCGGGCUCCUCGGGGUUUUCGACUUCGAUAACAACACUGACUUCAUGACCAGUGACUGGGAGAUGCCGGCUUCAGCUGAGGAGUGGGCAGAAAGCUGGCGGGUGACCUCUGCCGAGCAGUGCUCCUCAGCCCUCCCAGAGUCUCUUGCAGCACCACCUGAAGACCAGCACUGCAGCAAUCUUUUCAGCAGCCCUGUGUCCCCCUUGAGAUCCUGCUUUGCUAGUGUGCCAAGCUCCCCUUACUUAGAGACCUGUCUCAUAGGGAAGAUAUGCGCUGCUGAGACUGCCUACAUACACACCUGUCUCCGGCACUAUCACGAACUUUCGGUGAACAUAUCGUCGUACUGCCAGCCAUGCACACUUCAUGGUGAGGAGGAACAGGGUGCAGAGGAUCUUAGGAAGGAGAUUGUAUCAUCACAGACUUUGAAUGCCUGGAAGACGUUCAGGACCUCGUGA